AUGGUCGCCGGCAAGACGAACCCCGCGCAACUCGCCCGCUCCGCCGCCUCCACAUCCGCCGCCCCCAAACUUCCUCCACUCCCGAAACUGCGCGUGCGCAAGCCUGAUCGCGCUGAUGCCAAUCCCUGUGUGGCUGUCAUGAGCUCAAUGCUGGGUUGCUGGGCAUCUCAGGGCUACACCACAGCGGGUUGCGCCGUUCUUGAACAACAACUCCGAGUUUGCAUGGAUGCKAGGAAAGCGGGCCAGACGAAGAAGAGCACCAUCAACCACCAUCUCUCGCGAUUCUACCCCCAGAUCAUUGGGCCCCACAAACGGAAGUAA